CGGAAGCGGAAGUGUCGGCGGAGACUGUGUUGUAUUUUUUUUGGCGGGUAAUUUCCCGGAGAAAAGGAGAAGGAGAAAGAAAAGGAAAAGGAGAGAUGCAGCGGAGCAUCGUAUCCUUCUUCCAGCCGCUCCGAGGCAGGAAAGCUGAGACUCCGAAAGAGGGAAACCACGGUCCGGCUCAGGCUGAGCCCGCAGGGAACUCCCCCCUGAAGGUGAGGAACGUGAGUGUAAACCCCGACUGGGACCUGAGUCCCGUGAAGCGCGUGGUGAGGCAGACCCGCCGUGUACUGGACAGCAGCGACGAUGACUGCGAGAGAGAGAACGAGGAGAUGGGCUUCGGAGACAGUGAGGAGCUGAGGAGAGAUGAGCUGCUCCCUGACACUCCAGCUGAGCGAUCCGAACCUGUCUCGGUUUCUCCAGAGUCCGGAGGGGAAUCAUCACCAUCGAGCCCUUGGCCCAGCAACAUCUCCGGGUUUCCGAGACGUCGUACAGCCCGUAAACAGCUGCCGAAGCGUAAGCUCCAGGCGGAGAACUCUGCGGACACUGGAGCUGAGACACCGUCGCGGAAUUGCGUGGAGCCCUGUCUGGAAAGAUCAGCCAAACGCGUGAAGGUGGAAGAAAAUGGGGAUUGUUCGGAUGAGGAGGGCACAGGUGUGAACGUUCAUGGCUCCCCGGCCAAGCUGCCAAAUGAUGGAGGGGCCAAGGAGUUGGCAGACAGCGGAGACGUGGAGCUGGAGGGGCAGGGAGUCAGACCCCAAACCGGACAGGAGGCUCAACUCGAGGAAUCCGACGGGGAACAGGGUUUGGAGAAUGAGCUCUCAACAGAGAAGGGGAAGGCCCGUGAGAGUGAGAGGCCCCAGGGGGCAGGCGAGAAAAGCAAAAACACGCUCAACAGCUUCUUUGCUCCCAGGAAGUCCUCUUCCUCAGCCACCCAGGAGGGAGACAGAAGCUCCCAGGAACAGCCAGGGGCCGGCAGAGACCAGGGCACCCUCUCGCCAAGAGGGGGGCGAGGGGGCCACACCCUGGAUUCGACCGGCAGUGGCACCAUCAGCAGGUCCCUGAAUCCCACCAAAGCCGUCCCGGUGUCUGAACCAGCCAACGUCUAUGACCCGUCUAAACCGCGAUACCAUCCAGUCACGGACGCCUGCUGGAGCCAGGGUCAGAGGGUUCCAUACUUGGCAUUGGCUCAAACCUUCGAGAAGAUCGAGAGCGAGUCAGCGAGGAUGAAGAUUAUUGAGACCCUGAGUAAUUUUUACCGUUCAGUAGUUGCCCUGAGCCCUGACGACCUCCUGCCCUGUAUCUACCUGUGUCUGAAUCAGCUGGCACCUGCCUACCAGGGUCUGGAGCUGGGCAUCGGAGACACCGUCCUCAUGAAGGCUGUGGCUCAGGCGACAGGCCGACAGCUCAGUAAGGUGAAGGUGGAGGCGCAGGAGAAAGGAGACUUAGGCCUUGUGGCGGAGUCCAGUCGGAGCACGCAGAGAACCAUGUUUCCCCCAGCCGCGCUCACCGUCACUAGCGUGUUUAGCCGGCUCAAGGACAUCGCUCGUAUGGCUGGCUCCGCGUCAAUGAAUAAGAAGAUCGAGGUGAUCAAGGGUAUGUUUGUUGCCUGUCGUCACUCAGAGUCUCGAUAUCUGAUUCGGUCUCUCAGUGGCAAGUUACGGAUUGGACUUGCUGAGCAGUCUGUCCUUGCGGCUCUGGGCCAGGCGGUCUGCCUGACCCCUCCUCAGCCCGACACCCUGGAUCUCCUGGAUGCUGGGAAGGGGAUGUCAGCGGAGAAUCGAAAAUCCUGGAUCGAGGAGAAGACCCUCCUGCUCAAGCAAGCUUACUGUGAGUUACCCAACUAUGACGUGAUCGUCCCUGUCCUCCUGAGGGAAGGGAUUGACAAGCUUCCAGAGCUCUGCCGCCUCACGCCAGGAAUCCCUCUGAAACCAAUGCUCGCCCACCCAACGAAAGGCAUUGGGGAAGUGAUGAAGAGGUUCGAUGAAGCAGCGUUUACCUGCGAGUACAAAUACGAUGGGGAGAGAGCACAGAUCCACAUCCUGGACACGGGAGACAUUCACAUCUACAGCCGUAAUCAAGAAAACAAUACCUCCAAGUACCCUGACAUCAUCGACAGACUUCCCAAGGUAAAGCUCCCUCACGUUCGCUCGUGUGUGCUGGACUCUGAGGCCGUGGCCUGGGAUCCGGUGAACAGGCACAUCCUCCCGUUCCAAGUGCUGACCACCCGCAAGCGCAAGGACGUUGAUGCUGCUGAGAUCUCAGUCCAGGUCUGUGUUUAUCCCUUUGAUCUCCUGUACCUGAAUGGUGAGUCCCUGGUGAAGCAGCCCCUCAGUAAACGUCGCCAGUUACUGCGUGAAUCUUUCUCAGAGGUGGAAGGGGAGUUCAUGUUCGCCCAGUCUAUGGACAGCUCGAACACAGAGGAGAUUGCGGAGUUUCUGGAGCAGUCGAUCAAGGAUUCCUGCGAGGGGCUGAUGGUGAAAACUCUAGAAGUGGAUGCGACAUAUGAGAUUGCUAAGAGAUCCCACAAUUGGCUAAAGUUGAAGAAAGACUACCUCGAUGGUGUUGGCGAUACCCUGGACCUGGUGGUGAUUGGAGCAUAUCAUGGCAGGGGCAAACGGACCGGGGUGUAUGGGGGCUUCCUCCUGGCCUGUCACGAAGAGGACACUGAGGAGUUUCAGACCAUUUGUAAGAUUGGGACCGGGUUCAAAGACGAGGAGCUGGAGCAACACGCGAAAUUCUUCAAGGAGCACGUCAUCGAUGGCCCUCGCCCCUACUAUCGAUGGGACCACUCGGCUGAGCCUGACCACUGGUUUGACGCAGCUCAGGUCUGGGAGGUCAAAUGCGCUGAUCUCUCCAUCUCCCCGGUUUACAAAGCAGCCUUGGGACUGGUGGACGAAGAGAAGGGAAUCUCGCUGCGGUUCCCUCGGUUUCUCCGUAUCCGAGAUGACAAGAAACCUGAGAAUGCUACAACCAGCCAACAGGUGGCUGACCUCUACAGGAAACAGCAGCAGGUCCAGAACCAGCAAGGGGUUAUCGAGGGAGAGCUCGAGCAUUUGGACUGAGUGUGGCCUGGCUCCCUGAACCACGUCCCGCUUUCCUGCCUUGGAAGGGGAGCCAGUGCCUAGGGAUCAUCCCGACAUUCCCGGGAAAAUUGGCGACCGGAUGAGUGCCGGAUUCCUGAGAGCACUCCUUGGUCGGUGAAUAAACAGCAGUUGUUUUGUAAAUAA